GAUACAUGGCCAACUGUAUAAACUCGACAACGCAACCAUAUAGAAACCCAUUUACACAUGAUCUCCCUUUUGCUUCAGUUAAACAACGAAACGGAAUAUUCAAGUUCGAUCGCGACAAGCCGCGACACGCCGCCAUGGAGGUCGUUGAGCCCAACCUCGCGUCCCUCGCCAUGCAGAACGCGAAGCGAUCAAAACUACUGUUCGCCAGCGGUGCGGCAGAAUCGCCCAGAAAGAAGCUGAGACUCGCGCAAGACCCCGUCGAAGAGCAGCGCGAAAAAGAUGCAUUAUCAUUACGCCUUCACGCAGAAUAUCGAAACCUCCAGUCAUUGCCGCCGGCCCUUGCUCAGAAACAAGCCAAUGCAGCCAGCGCGCGCAAGAGAGCCAAGAAAGCACCCGCCAGCGACUCUACCGCCGCCGCCACCCCUGAGGAGCAGAAGACACAGAAACUCAUAGAGGGUAUAGCAGAGAAGACGCCUGCCCAAGAGUCUACUGCUCUCGUUCAGAUCCGUCGGCCGCCACCAGGCUCUGGUCCAUCACAUACCCCGUCACAGGCCCUAAGCACUACACGCGCUCAGGCAACGCAGCAAAUCAAGCCCGAAUGGCACCCGCCGUGGAAGCUGAUGAGAGUCAUAUCUGGUCAUCUGGGCUGGGUCAGAGCUUUAGCCGUGGAGCCGAACAAUCAAUGGUUCGCCAGUGGCGCAGGAGACCGCACCAUAAAGAUCUGGGAUCUCGCCACGGGCAACCUGCGCCUCACCUUAACGGGUCACAUAUCGACAGUCCGUGGUCUCGCCGUGUCACCAAGGCAUCCGUAUCUCUUCUCGUGCGGUGAAGAUAAGAUGGUUAAAUGUUGGGAUUUGGAGACGAACAAGGUCAUCCGUCAUUACCACGGCCAUCUGAGCGGCGUGUACACGUUGGCGCUGCACCCGACACUUGAUGUCCUCGUCACAGGUGGUCGAGAUGGCGCCGUGCGGGUGUGGGAUAUGCGCACACGCAGCAACGUCCACGUUAUGAGUGGCCACAAGGGCACAAUAGCCGACGUCAAGUGUCAAGAGGCAGACCCACAGGUCAUCAGCGGCUCUCUCGACGCAACAGUGCGGCUGUGGGAUCUCGCUGCGGGCAAGACCAUGAGCGUACUCACUCACCACAAAAAGGGCGUCCGCGCACUCGCCAUGCACCCAACAGAAUUCACCUUCGCCACAGGCAGCACCGGCAGCAUUAAGCAGUGGAAGUGUCCUGAAGGCGCCUUCAUGGGCAACUUCGAGGGCCACAACUCCAUCAUCAACUCGCUCGCCGUCAACGAGGACGUGCUCUUCUCCGGCGGUGACAACGGGAGUAUGAGCUUCUGGGACUGGAAGUCGGGUCACCGGUUCCAAUCCUUAGACUCCAUCGCUCAGCCUGGCUCUCUCGAUGCCGAGGCUGGUAUCAUGAGCUCUACCUUUGACCGCACUGGCCUGCGACUGAUUGUGGGAGAGGCGGAUAAGACAAUUAAGAUUUGGAAACCGGAUGAGAAGGCGACGCCUGAGACACAUCCCUUAGAGUGGAAGCCUACCCUGGGCCGGCAGAGGUUUUAAGAAGGAAAACAGAGAGAAAAAUGUACAAGAUUGUAUAUGCUGCGGGAGAUAGACGGUUUUAUCCACUGUCUUAGUCUUAAUAGUACCUAUAUACCCACAAUUUGAAUCAAUGGAACGAGAAAAGAGAUGUUUGAUUAAAUACUGUUGAACGUGAGGGUUAUAUGAUCAACCAACCAACUACUUCAUAUUUACAAGGUCCCAGAGGUCAUGAUCUAAUAGUGUAACCAGCGCGUCAUCACAGAGGGAAUAGAAGAUAUCUCAC